CCAAAAUAUGAUGAUGAACAACAUGGAAUUGUUGUCGGGAGAAUUUUCGACUGUAAAACUGCAGAGACGUCGAGACAUAGAGGAAAAAAGACGAGCGAGGAUUUUCGCUGAUAAAGUUCGCACAAUUGGGGUUGACAAAGAGUUCCUCGACACGCAGGUUGCUGAGAAGAUAGCGAGGAAAAAAGCAGAAAAGGAACAAGACGACGCCGAUGAUGCUGCCAUGUUGCAGAGUGUCAAACAAGCUUGCCUGCUGCAUCACCAACAAGAAAAGGCCAAACGUGCCAUGGAGAAGGACGUGGCGGACUACCACCGUCAGUACCAACAGGGUUUCGGCCCGGGCGACGUGCAUGUGCGGGAAGCACAUCUGAUGCUUCCUGCUCUACUGGGUGAGGACCCUGACAGUAGCGGGCGAGUGCAGCGGCAGAGAGAGCAGCUGAAAGCGUGGCUUCAACAGCAGCGGGACGAACAGGCUGAGGAAAAGCACAGACAGAAGAUGGAGAAGUUGCAGGACGACCGACGUAGAAUAGAGUUGGACAAUGAAGCCCUCGAGCUGCAGAACCUUCAGUUAGAGAGGAGGAAAGCUGCAGCGUUUGCAACAAAAGAAUGGAAUAAGAUAAUGAUGACACAGAGAGAAGAAGAACAUUGUCAGGAAAGUGACAAGGACAUGGAAUACAAGGUCGGCAUGAUGGGAGCCCCUGGUCUUUGUCCCAGCAGCGACAGGAAGCCGCCUCCUGAGAGUUCGGAGAAAAUCACUGAAUUCCAGCAGCAUCAAAUCGAAGCAAAAAGGAGGGCGGAAUUGGAGAAGAAGAAAGAAGAGCUGCGACACGAUGGCGUCCGGCUGGACUCGGCUCGUAGUGCCGAGCUCAUGGAACGGCAGCAGGCCCGAUACAGGAAGCAGCUACGACAACAUGUGGAUGUCACCAACCAACAUCUGGCUGCAUCACAGAAGCACAGGGAAGUGAGCAUCAAGAGAGGACACAUCGAUGAAAGCUUCUUCUCCAAAUUCAACACCAGCAGCCGCUAAUUCACAAGUCAACAAGUGGG